AUGAAAGAACAAUGCCCUCGUACAUGUGGAGUAUGUACUUCUUCAGGAACUAGUAAUAAUGUUAUUAUAAUUACAUUAGGUAAUAAAAAUCCAAUAUCAAAAGGAACAUGUGGUAAUAUGAAUUGUCCACGUUACUAUAUUUGUGUUGAAAACAAAUGUGUUCUUAAAAGUCAACCACCAAGACGUGCAACUUUAAAACCUGUAGCUAAAACUACCACCAAAUCUAAAUGUAUAAAUUUAUCUAUUAUAUGUUCUAAAGUAUCUCCAAAUCAAUGUAAUACAAAAAAACUUAUUAACAUAUAUGCUAUUAAAUGCCCCAAAACUUGUGGGGUUUGUAAAAUUUAA